GGAGCCACUUGCUCCCUCUAAUUAGCAGCGUGUGCCGGUAAAGAAACUCAGUGGAGCAACCUCUACAAGGCACAAAGGCACCCGGGUGUCACUUCACUUGUGUGUGAUGUCUUUGACUGUGUGAAAUCCGACUUGGAGAGGCAGUCUGGUUAUCCGGUGAGCUCCGGCGUGUUCCGCUGCUGACAGACGUCGGCCAAGGCUGAAAGUGUAGGAAAAGAAAAAAAAAGGAAAGAGAAAACACUCUUGUGAACUUCGGCUCGCUCACUUUGAUCGCGGGUUGGAUCGGACGCACCGACUCGCUGCCCCAGCUGAGAACCGAGGGGCCCCACGGCUGUUGUGUUGCGUGUCCGAUCUGCAAGACAGUGACGGGACUUAACAGCCUGCUGUAAUGAUGAUGUCCUACAUAAAGCAACCCCAUUACACCAUGAACGGGUUAAAUUUGCCUGGUCCCGGAAUGGACGUGCUUCACACAACCGUCGCUUAUCCACCCACUCCCCGGAAGCAGCGCAGGGAGCGCACCACCUUCACCAGGACGCAGCUGGACAUCCUGGAGGCGCUGUUCUCCAAGACCCGCUACCCAGACAUCUUCAUGAGGGAGGAGGUGGCCCUCAAGAUCAACCUGCCCGAGUCACGUGUCCAGGUCUGGUUUAAGAACCGCAGAGCUAAGUGCCGCCAGCAGCAGCAGCAGAGCAGCGGCCAGUCCAAACCCCGCCCUCCCAAGAAGAAAGCCUCACCAGUGCAGGAACCCAGUGCCCCCGACCCCGUUCCUAACCCGUCUGGCUCUUACAGCCCCUCCUCAGCCCAGUCGGGCCCCAGCCUGGCUCCGAGCUCCAGCACUGGAAACACUGCUGUAUCCAUCUGGAGCCCGGCCAUCUCGCCCCUGCCCGACCCCCUGGCCUCCUCCUCAGCCCCCUGCAUGCAGCGCCCCUCACCUUACCCCAUGAGCUACGGCCAGCCAUCAGCCUACACCCAGGGUUACGCCAGCACCACCUCCUACUUCACCGGCCUGGACUGCAGUGCCUACCUGUCUCCCAUGCACUCGCAGCUGUCGGGCACCGGGGGCGCCCUCAGCCCCAUCACUGUGCCCUCUAUGGGGGGCUCGCUGAGCCAGUCCCCAGCAUCCCUGUCCUCGCAGGGCUACAGCACUGCCUCCUCCCUGGGCUUCACCUCUGUUGACUGCCUGGACUACAAGGACCAGCAGGCCUGGAAACUGGGCUUCACCACAAUGGACUGCCUGGACCACAAGGACCAAAACUCCUGGAAGUUCCAGGUCCUCUAAAGAGCGAGAGGAAGAGUGGCACCGGCGCGCGUCCACAUGUCAAUGAGUGUCCCUUGUGAGAUAGUGUGAAGAUAUUCUGCCAGAUAAACUUGUUAUCGGUGAUUCUCAGUUUCUUUGUUUCGGAAGAUUUUGUUUUUAUUUUCUAAGAGCGACCUCUGUAGUAACGCAUUUCAUUUCAAGUGUUUUGGUGAAGAAGGGACCAGUGACCGUCAUCGAUGCUGCCUGACUGCAAAUCAUGUCUGUUGUCUUCAUGCUACGUUAAAUAAGAGAACAAACGCCUUUAAAGAGUUUGUAGGGAAAGACUGGAGUCCUACCUAUGGAAACACACCCACACACACGCACACACAAACACACGCAGACAGACAACACUUGUUUUUUUCUUUCUAAAUUGUGAUAGAAUGAAUGGAGAGCUGAGGAUCUCUGAAGUCCUCUAGGUCACGUCCUCCUCCAGGGUUACAAUGUUUUAGCUAUUUAUUAUUAUUUUAUGCUACAUUUAAAUAUGUUAUUUGAUUGCAUUUAGAUUUUUUUUUUUUGAACAUUUGUGUUACAAAUUUAAGUGUUAGCCUUUAGUGUUCUCAUCCUGCUUUGUUUGGUGGAAACGAAAUGAUUUUCUGUUUUAGCUGUGUGACAUAUUAAAGUGAUCUAUUCUUUA